UCCAUAGAGACGCUUCGCCAUCUUGGAUUUAGGGAAAGUUGCAGUUGACUAAACAAACACAGAACAACCAAGACAUGAGCGACUCUAACUAUCGGAACGAGACGGCAGCCACAGUUAAAGGACCGGACACCGAUAUGGGGCUGGUGGCAAAUUCCAGGGAGCGAAAGUCCGGUGGAGAUGUGAUGAAGAGACUCAAGUCGCAACGAAAUCAAACGGAUAAACAGCGGCCUGUUGUUACAGAGGAUGAGCUCAGGGCGCUAGGACGAGACAUCACACCAGAUGAAAUCCUUGGUCUUUGUGCUGUUACACGGGAUUAUCUAUGUAAACCUGAGGACAACGUCUACAAUAUUGACUUCACACGUUUCAAGAUCAGAGAUCUGGAGACUGGGUCAGUGCUCUUCGAGAUUGCUAAACCUCACAGCUGUGACCCUGAAGAUGAGGAGAAUGGAGAUGGAGACGCCAGUGCUGGGCGCUUUGUGCGCUAUCAGUUCACGCCAGCCUUCCUCAGACUGCGGAAUGUUGGUGCAACUGUGGAGUUCACCGUGGGGGACCGGCCUGUUAACAGCUUUCGCAUGAUAGAGAGGCAUUAUUUCCAGAAUAAAGUUCUCAAGAACUUUGACUUUGACUUCGGAUUCUGCAUCCCAAACAGCCGGAACACUUGCGAACACAUCUAUGAGUUUCCCCAGCUCCAUGAGGACCUCAUUGGCCUAAUGGUGGAGCACCCGUAUGAGACCAGGUCCGACAGCUUCUAUUUUGUGGACAACAAACUGAUCAUGCACAAUAAGGCAGACUACGCCUACGAUGGGGGCCAGUAGUGUCUGAAGAUUAGCUUAUUGUGUGCAAUGCAACGCAGGGGUCACAUUGCCCCUGAAUACAACCAUCAUGUAGCUCUUUUGGGAACAGGAGUGUACUUUCUCCACUUCAGACAUUCCAACAAACUUUACCAGCCCCAGGUUUGGGGAAAAAUGACCAUAUCUACCUUCCAAACAGGUUGCUUCAUUUAUUUGAUACCUCGUACCCAUCUAUUGCUUGGACUCAUAGGAAUCUCUCGUCAAUCACUCUUUUGUAAUGUUGAACAUGUUUUCCUUUGUCUUUUCUAAUGUUUCCACAUUUAAAUGGUUACUGCUUAUUUCAA